AUUUGUGGGCCCAAAACACGCAAAGGACACCACUCUCGGAAAAGGGGGUGGGGAUCAAAAGCUUUUGUGUAUAUGGCUGUGUGUGUUAAGGGGGGAGUCUUGAAUUGGCGUUGUUGACCGGCUUAUGGAGGAGAGUUUUGUUAUUUUUGGUCUGAACCACGGAAAUACUCAUUAACGUUCCCGGAGCGGUGGUGGUCAGUGUAAUUAUAGCUCCUGACCAGAGCGUGGCAUGCAACUGGUCCUGAGGUCAAUGUGUGUAUAUGUCCUAAGCAGCGCGACGCGACGCCUAUAAAUAUUAAACAAAACAAAAAAUAGCAGAGACGCAGACAACGAUUCGUCGUUGGCAUUGGGAAAACCUCUUGAACACGUCCAAACCAAUUUCGGUUUUAGUUGUGAGCCAACCUUCAGAUAGAAAAGCGAGCUUUUGUCGUCCCCGUGCUUACAUUUGAUUUCAACUAUUUUUCGGCCACUCUGACUCCGCUCGCCCACCUGCGCUAAUUAAACAGCAAAAGCAUACCAAAUGCCGUACAUUAUCAUACGCGGCAAUCUAGCCUCCUACAGUCACAAAUAUCCAUGGCGUGUGCUCGUCUCUGGAUUGAAAGCUGACGACAUCGAACAGUUGAACAAAUUCUCGUGCGGCGGCUACAGUGAUGAGUCCACCAUCGUCUACUUAGUGCAUCCUUGUCGCAUUUUAUCGGCGCUAGAAAUAUUGGGAUUUCGCGUUGUGGCCAGCUCGUCGACAGCCGUAAAGCAGGACUACAACGAGUAUAUGUGGACAAUGCGCAAGGAGUUCGACGAACCAGAACCCUUGGAGGCCGAGUCGGUUGUGCGCGAGAAUCUGUCAAAUAUUGGCCGAGAGGCAGCCAGCUUAGGCAACUAUCACAAGGUGGAUUCGCCCGAAUAG